AUGGACAAUAUUGACGAUCUCAUUUUAUCCUUAACUGAUAAGCAAAUUGAAGAACAAAAGAAGGCUGCUGAAGACAAAAAACAAGCCGAAAGAAAAAGUGGAAAGCGAAGUAGAAAAGAUGCCUCUGACUCAGAUGAUGAAGACGCUGUAUUUUCUGAAGAAGAAGAAAUUGAUGAGGACCUGGACGACAUUAACGUAUAUGGUCCUGAUCUAUAUAAGGAUGAGGAAGAUCGUCGCAGGCUACAAGCAUUACCUGAAGUUGAAAGAGAACGAAUUCUUGCUGAACGUUCAGAAGAAAGGCAAAGGCAUUUGGAACGUCUGGAAGUUAGAAAGCUGUUGAAAGACGGUAGAAGAGAGGAUGUUACAAGACGCUCUACAAGAUCGAAAGCAAGUGGUACUGCAAAUGCGUUGACUGAAUUAGCUAGGCGUAGAGAAGAAAAACAUAAAAGCCGAAAGCAACGUCGUGUCAAAUCACCUAGCCCAGAAAGGAAAAGCCGUAGCAAUUAUGAUAGUGAUGUCGAUUACAGCCCCGGCGAAGAGUCUGAAGAAGAAGUAGAGAAAAAAGCUCGAAAGAGAACGCCAACACUAGACGAAAUUACAGCUAUACAAUUUAAAAGAAAGGAUAUAGAGAAAUGGUUAUUUGCGCCUCACUUUGAUAAUACAAUUAUCGGCUGUUUUGUUCGUCUAUUGAUUGGUGCUGAUUCGAGGAAAGAAUCAGUCUAUCGACUUUGUGAAGUAUUGGAUGUUGUACCAUGGCAUAAAACCUAUAAAAUUGGUGAAAAUACAUGGUGUAAUAGAGCCCUUAAGCUAAAGCACGGUAAAGCUGAAAAAGAUUUCCCGAUGGACAUUCUAUCUAACUCACCUGUCACUGAGCACGAAUACCAACGCUUUUUGGCAACACUUGAAUACGACGGUGUUCGACCGCCCACCAUCGAGCAAGUUGAGCAAAAACAAGAGGAUAUCAAACAAGCUGAACGAUAUGUAUUGAAUGAUAAAGAAGUGAACGAAAUGAUUGAAAAAAAGAGGGCAGUCAAAGGAGCUUCUGUCAAUGCAGUUAUGGAAAGGGCUAAUUUAUUAGCUCGAAUGGAGCACUUUAAAGCUAACAAUGAUACAGAAGGAUUCCUAAGAGUGCAAAAAGAAUUGAAAGAGCUGGAUGAACGUAUUGGUCUUGCUCCAGAUAAUAUUCAGGGUGACGUUUGGGCCAAUAUCAACAAGCAGAAUAGACAAAGAGAUAGAACUGAAGCACAUGAAGUCGAACGUCGCGAAGCAGAACAAAGAAGAAAAAAUAUGAUAGAGUCUGCCAGAGCAGCAAAGCAGCAAAGACAACAGAUGUUACAAGUCAAAGCAAAUGAGCCUUCAGCUGCAUCAGAUUCAAGCUUGUUGUCUGUGGGUACAAAUAAGAAACCAGCAUUGGCAAUGCCAAAGGUCAGCAAAGCGGCUUUAUUGCUUGGGCAAACAAAGAACAAUCAAACGGAAUACGAACGACUUGUCACCAGAAUCAGUAAGCAAAUGAACUUUUGUAUUAGACUAGAUUAA